AUGUUCACCAAAAAGUCGGAGGGUAGCGUCCCCGAGAGUCGCGCUGACGACGUCAGUCAAGCAGAGGUUGCGGCACUGAACAAGCUGGGAUACAAUCAAGAGCUCAAGCGCGGUUUCAACCUUAUUGGGAUUAUUGGCUUCUCUUUCGCGAUUGUUACGUCUUGGUCGGCACUGGGAGGCGUCCUCAUCAUCGGUGUCACAUCUGGCGGACCGCCUGUGAUUGUUUGGUCAUGGAUCGCGAUAUGCGUGCUGACGCUUGCCGUGGCGUACAGUCUUGCGGAAAUGUGCUCUGCGUACCCCGUGGCAGGAGGUCAGUAUGCGUGGGUGGCAUUGUUUGCUCCCAAAAGCAUGCGACGGACGAUGAGUUAUGUCUGCGGAUGGUUUCUGCUCAUCGGAAUUCUGGCCAUGGGCGCGACUAGUCAUUUCGUGACCGCGAACUUCAUUCUCGGCCUUGCGACUCUCAACAACCCAAGCUUCGUCAUUGAGCGCUGGCAUACUGUCCUCGUUGGAUGGGCAAUCGCCGCGUCUACCCUGGUCUUCAACGUCUUCUUCACGCGUCUGCUCAAUGCCACAUCGCAGGGCUUCCUCAUACUUAACCUUUCGAGCUUUGUCAUUGUUGUCGUCACGAUCCUUGCGAUGAACAAUAACAAGAGUUCCGCGAGCUUCGUCUUCUCCGAUUUCGUGAAUCUGACAGGAUUCUCCGAUUCCUACGCAGCGAUUCUGGGACUCUUGCAGGCCGCCUUCGGCAUGUGUUGCUACGACAGCGCGAGCCGGAUGACUGAAGAAAUCAAGGAUGCUCGGAAGCAAGCUCCUCGUGCCAUCGUACUUUCGGUCUACAUCGGAUUCGUGACAGGCUUUGUGUUCUUGGUUGCCGCAUGCUUUUGCAUCGGUGACGUCGAAGCCGUCGCUACUGGGCCUACUGGCGUCCCAUUGAUCGAGAUCUUCCGCUAUUCCACUGGCGAAGCUGGGGCAAGUGGCCUUGCAGCUUUGAUUGUGGUUGUCGGCUACGGCGCGUCCUAUGGCCUCACAGCCACGGGAGGACGAGCGGUCUAUGCCUUUGCACGCGAUCACGGACUUCCCUUCUCCGCCUUCUUCUCGAAAGUCCGGACCAGCAAUGCAACGCCGGUCAAUGGCCUUUGCCUCACGGUUGCCGUCCAAUGGGCACUGCUUGCAAUAUACUUCGGCGCCGUGCAAGGAUUCAAUACCGUCAUUGCCAUUGCGACAGAAGGCUUUUACGUUUCAUAUGCGCUGCCGCUGCUCGCUCGGCUUCUCUCUCUGAUGACGUCGGAGCCAGUCCGAUCAAUCGGUGGAGAAUACCAUCUGGGCAAGUGGAGCAUACCGCUUAACGCCAUCGGCCUGGUGUAUCUAUUGUUUACGGUGAUUACCUUCAACUUUCCGGGUCUGUCGCCGGUCACGGCCGACAACAUGAACUACACGUCGGCUGCCGUGGGCGUCAUCAUGUUCAUCGCGUUGAUAACGUGGUUCACCACCGGUCGCCGGCAUUUCAGAGGGCCGCAAAGUGGAGGUGUUGUCUUGGAUGGGGAAAAAUCCGAGAUAGGCGUGAAGAAUGGCGUAGGAGCUGGUGUGAAUGAAGACCAUGACAAGUAA